UUAGCCGUCUCUUUACCCUGCUGCGUUGAAAACCUAUCUCAAUGACGUAGAGGACGAAAUCGAGGCUUGGAUAAGAAGAAACACAGACAUGUUUGUAGCAAACUUGAGUGUACCUUUUCCAAGUGAUAAGGAGGCAGAGAUAGCUUAUCAUAGCUUGAGAGUUGAUGUCGAACCAAGUCGUGGAGGGACUGAAAAAGUUCUGAGUGUAGAAGAAAAUACUCUGUCUGUAAAAAUUGUUGCAAAAGAAGCUCGGCAGCUGAGAGUAAGUGUAAACUCCUUCUUUGACCUGCUGAUCUUGGUUAUCAAGACACUAGAAAGAUUUGGACCUCCUGUAGACUCAAAGUGAGAGUCAACAUAGAUAAUAUUGU